AUGACAAGACGGCCAUUAGUUUCCGGUGUCCGAGAGAGUGCACGCGGAUUGUGCUGUUGAAUUCUGUCUGCUUUUAUAAUAUUAAAUAAGAUUUAAUAAAUAAUAUUUAGUGUAAUCUACGAAAAGUAAUAAUGUCGAAUAAUAACGCCCCAGAUUCUUGGGAGACACAGGCCGAUUCAGGUUCGGCGAACAAUUCUCCAACGCAGUCUGCAGAUGUCACAGCAAAAUUUUCCACGUUGAAUGUGAAUGCAGAAGUUUUCGUGCCUUCUUUCGCUAGGUCAGCCGUAAUUACAGACGAGAGUUCACCAACGAAAUCUCCCAACAGUGAGAACUCGCCCGUUCAUGAUUCAUUAUUAAAUGGAACAAAUGUAGAUGAACCAACAGAAAGGGAUGAAGUCAAAGAACCACCUCCCUUACCACCAGCUGAUGGUGAUGCAUCGCCCGGCGAUGGCGGGACCGAAGGAGGCACUUGGGAGGACGAGGCGGAAGACGCGGAUGCAUUAACACCGGAAGGUGACGACGAGGAACCUUCAUCCGAAGAGGCACCUAAAAUAACCAAGAAAAAAAUUGUUAAGUCCGAAGAAGUCGCAAAGAACAAAAAGGAGCACGUUAACGUAGUUUUUAUUGGUCACGUAGACGCGGGUAAGUCUACAAUCGGCGGGCAGAUUAUGGCACUUACCGGGAUGGUCGAUAAGCGAACCUUAGAGAAAUACGAACGGGAAGCUCGAGAGAAAAGCCGAGAGUCGUGGUAUUUAUCUUGGGCAUUGGACACUAAUCAAGAAGAACGUGAUAAGGGGAAGACCGUCGAGGUCGGACGCGCAUACUUUGAGACUGACAAAAAACACUUCACAAUCUUAGACGCUCCAGGUCACAAAAGUUUUGUUCCUAACAUGAUUGGCGGCGCCGCUCAGGCCGAUCUGGCUGUACUUGUUAUAUCGGCGAGGAAGGGCGAAUUUGAAACGGGAUUCGAUCGAGGCGGACAGACCAGGGAGCAUGCCAUGUUGGCAAAAACGGCCGGAGUUAAACAUCUUGUAGUUCUAGUUAAUAAAAUGGAUGAUCCCACGGUCAAUUGGGACGAAGGAAGAUACAACGAAUGUAAAGAUAAGAUUCUUCCAUAUCUAAAAAAGUUAGGCUUUAAUCCCGCCAAGGAUCUCACAUUUCUACCGUGUUCCGGUUUAUCGGGACAAGGUCUCAAAGAACCAGUAGACGGCAGACUUUGUCCGUGGUAUAAAGGUCCCGCCUUCAUUCCUUUUAUCGAUGAGUUACCGUCGCUCAAUCGUAAGACUGACGGGCCGUUCAUCAUGCCUAUUGUAGAUAAAUAUAAAGAUAUGGGUACCGUAGUAAUGGGCAAAGUAGAAUCGGGCGAAUGUCGAAAAGGUCUAAACUUAAUGAUCAUGCCAAAUAGGACGCCUGUAACAGUCGAUCAGUUGUGGUCGGAUGAUGACGAAGUUAGCUCUGUUGUAGGAGGGGAAAAUGUGAAGGUGAAAGUCAAGGGAGUAGAAGAAGAGGAUGUUAGUCCCGGCUUCGUAUUAUGUGAUGCUAAUAAUCCUAUUCGCACCGGUCGCGUUUUUGAUGCGCAGGUUGUUAUUUUAGAACAUAAGUCUAUUAUUUGUGCCGGAUAUAGUGCUGUAAUGCACAUUCACUGUGCAGCUGAAGAAAUCACAGUUAAAGCCUUAAUUUGUCUAGUAGAUAGGAAGACUGGAGAAAAAAGUAAAACUAGGCCGAGGUUUGUGAAACAAGACCAAGUUGCUAUUAUGAGAAUCGAGUGCGCGGGCGUUAUCUGCUUAGAACAGUUUAAGCUUUUCCCUCAAAUGGGUCGCUUUACCCUUCGUGAUGAAAAUAAGACAAUUGCUAUUGGCAAAGUUCUAAAAGUUGUGGAAUAAACUUUUUGCUUUAGAUAGUUUGAUAUUACCGUGAGAAAAACGAAAAAUAGAUAUUUUACAAAUUGAAUCAAAUGAACGCCACACAAUAAUACUUUUUAUACAUUGCGUACUGUCAGUUGUUAAUUAAGAUUCAUUAAAUGCUGCUUGACCAAGCUAGCCAUUGAAAUGAGGUUUGUAUAGUCGGUUUCUUUUUUAUUUGUGAACAUUAUUUUAUUACGUUGAUGGUAUUUUUGCAUUGUAAGUUGUAUAUUAUAUAUGAAAAGGUGUAUUGGUUUUCAUUGUUUUCCAAUAUUUUUAGGCUCAAUUUUUAUUUAGUCGUUUAUUUAUUAUUAGUCGCAAGUUAUUUAUUUGAUCUGGAAUAUGAAGCAAACUAAACUCUAUUAGGUAGGGUUGUCAAAUUUGAUUUUUAUUAAAUUCCUGAAACGGAUAUACAUAUAUAUCUCAAUAGUAAUGUUCAGGAUAUGUUAUUAUAUAAAUAAACGAUGCAGUUAUA